AUGACGACCAUCGCCGACGAGCUCUUGAACGACUUCGAGGACAGCGGUUCGGAGAAGGAGGAAGAGGAGGAACAAGGGCAAGCGACCGACUUCUACGGCGACGAUGGCCUGAACGGUGUCAAGGCGGAGCCGACAGUCAAGCGAGAGAAUGGCGGCGUGGAUCUGAAAAUGGACGAGGAGGACGAGGACGAUGGUGCUGACGUGGGUGUAUCGCGUCAUUUGAAGAUGGAAGACGAAGAGGAUGAGGAGGAGACCAAGGCCAGGGUGGAGAAGAUGGAACUCAAGACCGUCAGCGACGUGCGGAGCGUUGCAGGGUUGAUGAAGCAGCUGCAGCCUGUUAUCGAGAAAAUCGAGUACUACAAAGGCCUUCCGCCCGACAAGCAGACGAAGAAUGUCGGCAGCAUCGAGGACAACCCCGAGUACAACUUGCUCACACAGUCCAACACCCUCUCCACCAGCAUCGACGGCGAGAUCAUCCUCGUGCACAAAUUCAUCCGCGACCACUACUCCGUGCGGUUUCCCGAGUUGGAGACGUUGAUUCAGAAUCCAUUGGAGUACGCAAAGACGGUGGCAAUCAUUGGCAAUGGUCCCAUGGAGAAUAUCCGUGCCAUCAGUGAGAGCAAGGACAAUGUCGUAGGCCAGUCAUUGCGACAGGUUUUGGACGGGCCUUCUUUGAUGGUGGUGACCGUGGAGGCUACAACGACGAGCGGAACGCCCCUUGCAGACAAAGAGCUUGCUGCGGUUCGCAGGGCAUGCGAGAUGACCCUUCAGCUGGAUCGCGCCAAAACCAUCCUCACCGAAUACGUCCAGUCACGCAUGUACAUGUUCGCCCCCAACCUCACCACACUCAUCGGAUCCUUGACUGCAGCACAGCUGCUCAACUAUGCCGGUGGUAUUAUCGGUCUGGCGAAGACGCCAGCCUGCAAUAUUGCACCACUCGGCAGCAAGAAGAACACUUCUAUCGGUCUGGCGACCAACACUGGCAUCCGACAUCAGGGGUUUUUGUACAACAACGACAUCAUUCGAGACGUAUCGUCCGACCUCAAAGUCCAGGCCAUGCGGAUUCUUUCCGCCAAAAUCGUCCUCGCUGCACGCGUUGACCAAGCGCACGAAGCACCCGCAGGCGAGCAAGGACUCGCUUUCUACGAUCAAGUGGAGAAGCGCAUCGCCAAACUAUCAGAAGCUCCACCCAACAGUGGCGUGCGAGCAUUGCCGGCACCAGACGACAAGCCCGCAAGGAAACGAGGAGGGCGUCGCGCGCGCAAAGCCAAGGAAGCAACCGCCAUGACUGAUCUGCGCAAAGCCCAAAAUCGCAUGGCCUUUGGCAAAGAGGAAGCCGAAGUUGGCUUUGGUGACGGCACCAAGGGCCUAGGAAUGAUUGGUCAACAAGACGAUGGCCGCAUUCGAGCUCAGCAAGUCGAUCAAAAGACCCGCGCAAAGCUAUCCAAGAAGAACCCGGGCUGGGGCGGCGCGACACCCGUCGGCGGCACUACCACAUCCCUCCGCAGUUUCGGCGGCCCUGGUGCCCUCGGCACAGCAUCGACGCUCAAAGCCGCCGGGCUCCGUGCUUCGGGUGUGGGUAGCGGGCUGAAGACCAACGUCGGCAACGUCGGCGGCACCACUUCCACCAUCGCUUUCACGCCGGUGCAAGGCUUGGAGCUGAUCGAUCCCAAAGUUCGCGAGGAGAUGAAUCGGAAGCGUAAGGCGGAGGAGGACCGCUGGUUCAAGGGCGGGACGUUCACGCAGGUUGGCAGCGCUGGAAGUCCGGCGCAGGCCGGCUCUGUGGAUAGUUCUGGGUUCAAGGUGCCGGCGUUGCCGAAUAAGAAGAUGAAGCCUGAGGGGUGA